AUUGGGCGUGGUUACCCAGCUGGAGAGUUCAAUUUUUACAAAGAAAAGUCUGAAAAAAGAUUGAUAUUUUCUUUUCUUAAUAGAACUAAUGGCUGAGAAACCGACAGAUUUCUCUAAUAGGUCCCCUACCCGGUCCUCCAGUAACAGUAGCUCCGUUGGCGGGGGCGGAGGGAGGGACUCGCUAGAAGUCAAUAAUCCUGUAACGACUGCUGCUGCCACUGGAGCCAGCCCCAAGCCCAACUCUGGCAAAAGAUCAAUAUUUGGGCGGAGUCGCUCCACAUCAAUGAAGGAAGAUUCUGAUGACGCAGGAGUCAAUCAAUCAGGCUCAGACAAAGAGAAAGAAAAGUCAAAGAAGGAUAAAGGCUCAUGGCAAUUCUUUGGUCCUCCUAAGCCCAAGAGUGGCACGGGUUGGCUUCCAUUCAGUUUUGCUAUGACUCACAGGGAGAAGAAUAAUGAGAUACACAAGAUAUUCAAGCAGCUUCCUUCAUCUGAGAAACUCAUUGAUGAUUAUUCUUGUGCGCUACAGAGGGAUAUAUUGAUUCAUGGCAGAUUGUAUGUGACACAGAACUGGAUCUGUUUCUAUGCUAACAUAUUCUCAUGGGAGACACUAUUGACAAUACCGCUGGUAACAGUUACUUCAAUUACAAAAGAAAGGACAGCUCUAGUCAUACCUAAUGCCAUCCUCAUCACCACCACUGUAGAGAAAUAUGGAUUCUCGUCUCUUAUCCAAAGAGAUUUAACGUAUAAUAUUUUAUUUAAAGUGUGGCAGAAUAGUCUACUGGAUCAGCCCAUUGAUCCAUUGGAACUAGUGAAGGCAGCAAGGAAGACGUGGGGCGAUUCAACCGAUGUUGGUACGUGUGAGGAUUUAUGGGGACCAAACGAUGACUCACUGAGCAGUAGUUCCUCUGGAAGAUUUUCAAGACACAACUCCAUGACAACCCAUCUUGAAAUCGGUCAAGUAACUUCAGCAAUUCUAACGGAAGGGACACGCUCCCCACGUCCAAUCACUAGACAAAGUUCCUCUGAUUCAGCAAGAAUGAGGUCCUCCUCUGGAGGACAGACAGCUCUAGCUGAGACAAUGGCUACCCCUACUGUCACUAAGCCAAUAGCUACACCAAUAGAAACUAGAGGAGGGGACCCUAAAGAUGCCAGCACUCCAACUGCCCCUUCAAUACCAGGCCCUGCAAUGUCUGUCAUCAGUGACAAUACACAGACCAGUACUGAGACUGGCUCUACUGAAGUAGCUAUGAUACAGAGCUCUCACAAAGACUCUGGGGUAAGAGGAGAGGAUGACAGAGAAGGGAAAGGUGCUGCAAGUUCCGAAGAAUACGAGCAAUCAACUUUACCCGAUGAUCAAGGUGAGGUCUCCUGUGGCUGUACAGAGCACAAUGGUCGGACUAUUCUCAAUGAGAUAUACAACACUGACGUGGAGCAUAUCUUCCAGCUCCUGUUCACUGGGUCUGACUUCUUUAGAGAUUUAUUCAAAGCAAGGAAGACAACAAAUCUUGAAGUAGGUGAAUGGACUACACAAGCUGACAAUUCAAGGAUUAGAGAUAUCACUUACACCCUCUCCCUCAACUACUCCUUUGGUCCCAAGUACUCGCCAUGCGUUGAGCAUCAGGUCUACUCUAAGAUUGGUCAGCCUGGAGUAAGGCAUGUUGUUAAUACUGAUGUAGUUAAUAGUAAUAUUCCUUAUGGAGACACUUUUUACGUUUCUUGUACAUUUUGUAUGACGCGUGUGGCGCACAACAAGACAAGACUAAGAGUCACUGGUAACAUAUGCUUCAAGAAGAACUGCUGGGGAGUAGUCAAAAAUCUUAUUGAGAGGAAUGCUGGGGAUGGUCUUAGAUCAUACUAUAGCCAUUUAGACACAGCUUUGAAAGAGUACCUGGUUAAUCUACCUGCUAAGAGACUCCAGAAGAUGAGGAGAACUCCUCGUAGACGACACAAGAAAUCAAUAUCCACCACUAGCAGUAAUGUAACCGUCAAGGCUAAUCAGCAGUUACCACUAGUGGCAGUCGAUGAGGAAAGUGGGAGUGGUUUGAAAAAGAGGCGUGGCAGCAUGUCCAGCCGUUUGAGCUUGAAGUCAUUUGAUAAUAAAGUCUCCGAAGAAGACACGGUAUCUUCAUUCAGUGGAGACAAAAGUAGUAAUAAAUUAAGAGUUACCAGAACAUGUUCUAGAACAAUGCUUGGUCUUGCUAUUCUAUUAUCAUUGUUAAUGCUAUCAAACAUUGCACUCUAUCAUCAGUUAAUCACAUAUCAAUCUUCUUCUACUCCUUCUUCUCCUUCCUCAUCUUUUCCAUCUUCUUCUUCUUCUUUAUCCCAAGGACAACCUCAGCCAACCACCCUCUCCCCUUCCUCAAUUGAGGAGUGGCCCACUAAGCAUGAAGAUUGGAUAAAAUUAGUACAAAGUUUGUGGAGACAGAGAGAGACUGAUCAGAAAGCUGUGAGUCAGGUAUUAAGAGAGAUUCACAAUGCUAUGCAACAGGUUGAAUUAACUAUACAGAAGACAAGGAAAAUAAUUGAGAAUCAUCUAGAACUUCAUAACAAAACUCAAUGAUUAGUAUAAUUAUACUAUUGUUAUUAUUUUAUAUAAUAUAUUGUUUUUUAAUCAAAA